CUCCCCCUCCCCCUCCCCCUCCCUAUGGCACAGUCCUCUUCUUUUCUUUGUCAGUUCCCAACUCUUUCCCCCAUUUCUUGCUAGGCGAUCCUUCCCAAGCUUGCUUUCCUCCGCCCGGCGGAUCUCCGCCGGGGCCGAUCGAUCCCCUCGCCGGUGUUCGGUCGAUCUGGCGGAAUCUUGGUUGCUAGGUGUUUGAGGUCUCCGCGUUUUCUUUUGUUUUGAUCGAGACCGAGAACUGUUUGGUUUGUCUUGAUCGAGGGUUCUUUUGCAUUUCUUUGCUGAAUUUUCGGGAAUUUUUGUUUUCUGGAUAGCGGAGACUGAGUUUUGCUUCGGCCGGCGGAUCGGCGGGAACCGAUCGGGACUCUGGAGUGGUCGCUAGAUUGCGGGAGGACUUGUUCGUUCUGGAGCCGUGUGAAUACGGGUUCAUUCGAAGAUUCGAAAUUUGAGGUUCUUUGAAUUCUCCGCCUUCUUUUUGUUUUGUCUGGAUCCUGUCCAAGAACGGUUGGAAUUGCGUCGAUCGAGGUUUGAAUUAAACUUUGCUGGUUGGUUAGGGUUAGGGUGGCCCGAUCUAGCUCUAUUUGUGUGGUGUUUUGGAUUAUGAGGUAGAAAUCUGUCGGAGGCUUCCGGACGUAGAGGGCUGCAGAGGGAGAAAAGAAGGAUGUCGAAGGUGGUCUACGAGGGAUGGAUGGUCCGGCAUGGGCGGAGGAAGAUCGGCCGCUCGUUCAUCCACAUGCGCUACUUUGUCCUCGAGACCAGAGUUCUUGGCUACUACAAGAGGAAACCUCAGGACAAUAUGGUCCCAAUCAAGACUCUCCUCAUAGAUGGAAAUUGCAGAGUGGAGGAUAGGGGGCUCAAAAUGCAUCAUGGACAU